AUGGUCACAAAAGAAACUCCAAUAUCUUCGUUUUCUCUUUCUAGCAUACUGAGUUGUGACCCAAACUCUUGGGGAUGCUUGAGUGAUUGGGAGAUUCAAUUUAUCGAGGAAAUUCCUGGAUGCACUAGAAACGAAGCACAUCGAAAUCUGGGUAUUGAACUUAGUAUCCUUCUUAAGAACCCGCCAAAAAGUAGUCGCCAG